AUGGGCGCCGUGCAGGCGGACGAGAUUGAAGCGGCUUUCAAGCGGCGCGCCGAUGAUUUCAAGCAGCAGGCCGACACGAUGACGCUCAAGGCCGUGCGGUUGGCGCUGGAGGGCGACAUGGGGCUGGCGGCGGGCGCGCUGAACGCGCACAAGGACCUCGUGCGUGACCUCGUUGACCAGCUGUUUUCUGAUGAAGGGGAUGUUGAUGAGGCACAAGGCGAGAAGGAUGAGAAGGACGACAAAGGGGAAAAAGAAAGAGUUGGUAAGAAGGUGGGCAGUGGGGCGAAGCCGGCAAAGGCAGGCAAGAAGGCUGGCGGGAAGGAUAAACGGCAAGGUCGCAAGGGGAAGGAGGAGGAGGAUGACGAGAAGCAAGGGGAGGAAGAGGAGGAGAAGGAGGAGGAAUCAUCAGCAGCAGCACCGCGCAGUGCAGCAGUGGAGAGGCUAAAGAAGGUGUUCCAGGCAUGUGGGCUCAGGGUGCCACCCAACGUGUACAAGAAGGCGCGGCAGGCAGCAGGCGAGGCAGCGAGCGCAGGGCAGCACGAGGCGGCACUGGUGGGGGAGCUGGAAGCACUGCUGGACCGUGAAGGACUCUCCUCCCACCCAUCGGAGAAAGAGAUCAAGGCAUUCAGGCGACGCAGGGACAAGGCGAAGGAGCUGGAGGGGAUUGAUGUGAGCAACAUUGUGGAUGCACCCCGGGGGCGCCGCUCCUCUCGCCCCACCUCCUUCGCUCCCCCUCAACCCCCGCCCCGACCGCCUUCAAAGCCUAGAAAGGGCGCUGGGGGGAGCGAGGAUGGGGAGGGACAGGAGGAAGAGGAGGAGGGAGACGAAGAGGAUGAGGACGAGGAGGAGGAAGAGGAGGAAGAGGAGGAGAAUGACUCGGAAGACUUUGAGCCGGAGGACGACGACGAAGAUGACUAG